GGCUGUUUAAACAGCGGGAAAAAAAGUGGAGCUUGAUGGAAGCGAUGUCUCCACAGCAGGACCACAUUGGGCAGGGGCGCACUUCCUCCCUGACCGGGGGAUCCCGGCUAUCCACAGCGUCCGAAAGCAAGAAGAAAAUGAAGAGCUUGGCCCAAAGACGUCAGUCGGCACCUUCCUUGGUUCUUAGCAAAGCACUGAACAAGUCCAGAACAAGUGCCAGGGAAGGGUGCUUCUCUCCAAUCAGUCCAGAGUCAUGCCCGCUGGUGCAGUCUUUCCUGUGUCCCAACAGAACAUUCCUUCUGGAUGGACAUGUACAACUGAAGACAGGCUUGCAGACCCAGGAGCGGCAUCUUUUCCUCUUCAACGAUCUUCUUGUGGUUGCCAAGCCCAAGUCCCAGUUACAUUUCAAGCUGAAGAGCCAGGCACGUCUCUCUGAGAUGUGGACAGCAUCUUGUAUGGAAGAGGUCUGCGAAGGCAGCACUAACCUGGAAAGGUCUUUCGUUUUAGGGUGGCCCACAACCAACUGUGUUGCUAGUUUCAGUUCCAUCGAGCAGAAAGAGAAGUGGCUUGCUUCCCUUCAAAGUCGAAUCAGAGAUGAGAAAGCAAAGGACUAUCCCAAGAGCAUUCCCCUGAAGAUUAUUGCAAAGGAUAUUGGUAACUGUGCAUAUUCGAAAACUUUAACCAUAACCAACAGGGAUACAGCAAAUGAUGUGACACUCAUGGCCCUGCAGCAGCUUGGAAUUAAUGGCACCGAAAAGGACUAUCAGCUGUGGGUGAAUUCUGGGAAAGAAGAUGCCCCAUAUCCCCUUAUUGGACAUGAAUAUCCGUUCGGCAUUAAAAUGAGCCACAUUCGUGACACUUUGCCGCCAACUCAAGGAUCAAAGGACUCCAUCGGCCCUCUGGAUCUUCAGGGGGCCUUCCUGAUGGAACAGCUGCCCCGGGAGCUUCAGUGCCAGUUCAUUCUUAAGCCAAGUCGCCUGGCUACCAGCCAUCAGCUGAAUGAAUUGAACCAAAAGCCAUUUAAAAGGAAAAGAUCCAUUAUCAACUGGGCUUUCUGGCGGGGAACAGGAGUUCCACUCGACAAUGCACCACCAUCGCCAACGUCUCCCGAGUCAGGGAAGCUCUUUGGUCUUUCCCUGCCAGCCAUCUGUGAGAAUGACAACCUCCCUAAGCCGGUCUUGGACAUGCUUUCCUUUCUCUAUCAAGAGGGACCUUUCACUCGGGGCAUUUUCAGACGUUCUGCAAAUGCAAAAUCCUGUAGAGAGCUGAAGGAGAAACUUGACUCUGGGGAUGAAGUACAUUUACUCUGCGAGUCUAUCUUUGUGACAGCCUCUGUGUUUAAGGAUUUUCUUCGUAAUAUCCCGGGCAGCAUUUUCUCCUCCCAGCUUUGUGAUCAAUGGGUUUCCUUAAUGGAUGAAGGGAACCAUGAAGAGAAGAUAAAAAACAUCCACAGGCUAAUGGAACAGCUCCCCAGAGCCAAUGUGGUGCUGUUGCGGUACCUCUUUGGAGUAUUGCACAGCAUAGAAAAGCAGUCUGAAGACAACCAGAUGACGGCCUUUAAUUUAGCAGUCUGCAUUGCACCCAGCUUACUCUGGCCUACAGCUCCUGCAAGCCCUGGGACUGAAGGAGAAUUCACAAAGAAGGUUUCCAUCCUUGUACAGUUCCUAAUUGAAAAUUGCUGCCGGAUUUUUGGAGAGGAAAUUACUUCCAUCUUUGCAGACAUCAUGCCCAAAAAUGACAACAGAGAAGAUGGUUCAGAUCUGUCUUCUUUUCACCUGAAUGACUCCUCCUAUGACAGUCUGGAAAACGAGUUGAACGACUGUGCAGACUCUUCAUUUAACAACCUCCUUAAAAAACGAGGUCAAGAGAACAGGAGUAGGGACUCUGUUUUGACCCUGAGUGACUGUGAUCUAGACCCACCCGAAGCAGAAGACCCUCAGAUCAAAUUACCUGCCAAGUCUCAGCCACUGUCCAUCUCUGCUGGGUUCCAUCACAAAUCCCCCUCCCGAGAGUACUCCGAGAAUGAGUCCCUGUGUUCCAUCACAUCAGGUUACUCAUCAACGGCCAUCUCAGAUGUCCUCAAAAGCUCAAGAAGACACCGGCGCUGUUCUGAACCCACCAUUGGCCUUCUUGCCUCCAACUUUACACCCCUCAGUGGGUUCCAUGAAAGUGCCGUGCGCAAAGCCAGCUGUGAUGCUGUUCUGUCCCACACAGAUGAAGACUAUCUCAAGCAGCUUCGCUCGCUACAAGUGGAAGGCCAGAAGCUUAUAAAUCAGAGUUUGGUCAGAAACAUAGAAAUUGGCACAGAUGGUCCUGAAAGCCAGACCAAUGAAAAGAAGGAGAUAUCUAACCGCCUUCUCCCACCACCUCCUCUUAGGCUGAACAUCUGCUCCAGGACUAGCUGUUCUAGCCUGUCCUCCCCUGGUACCUCUCCUUCAGGGUCUUCAAUGAGCUCUCUAGAUAGUGCUUUUUCCCAGUUUUCGGACUACUCUGUGUUUACCCCAACAGAGACCUCCUCUCCUCUGGACUGCUCAUUUCACCCCCAGAGGAAGUAUGGGGAGGUCUCUCCUGAUUUCAACCCCUUCUCGGGUGUCCAUCUUGGUUCAGGGGGUGGCUCUUUUCCUAACCAAGCAAGUGGUAGCAAUAAUGGCAGCUCAGUAUCUGCCAGGAAGGAGAGUCUGGAAUGGCCUCCUCACAAAAGCUCUGUCACUCUGCAUCCCAGCACAUGGUUAAAAAGUGGAGCUUCCACCAUGAAGAACUGGACUCUGCGGAAAAGGGAAAGAGCCUCCAAGCAGGAAGAGAAAAAGAACAGCUCCAUUAAAAUAACAGUGGAGUCACAAAUCUGUCCUUCAGAUGCAUCAGAGGCUAACCUACAUCAAAGGCAGCAGCAAGGAUUGGGCAGUUCCUGCGUGCCAGAUGUUCAUGUUGUCUCAGUGGACCAGGAGAAUGGUCCUUUUCAGGGAGAAGCUGGGCAACUUGGCAACCCUCCCUUUUGUCCAGUGGAAGUCCAGGACAAACGGCUAAAGGCAUUAGAACUUUUGGCAGAGCAAAGCAAAGAAGAGGAAGAGGAGGAAAGUUCUUCCUUUUUGCCUUCUCAAAAAACACAGCCUUCCUGUCUUAAUCUAAGUGCUGAGCAGAAACCUGAGCCAGAUCCUGUCUUCACUGCUGAAUGUCAGUGGGUCACUGAGGAAAAUGCCAGUGAAUCUGCGCUUCUUACAGAGGUCACUGCUCAGCAGGCUGCAGAUUGCAAGAGUGAUACGUCUUUGUCAAGCACAGAGCCCGAAGUUGUUGAAGCCCCCUCUGGGAAGGAAUUCUGUGCCUCUCUGAAUCUCGCCAAAGCUGAGAAUGAAUUUAUGUUUCAGUCUGAUUCAAAUCGUUGCUCCCCAGAAUCGAAGGAAAGGGCUGAUGCUAGCAAAACGGAGCAGCUGAGAAAGCUGUGCAGUGACCCCCAGCUUGAGAAGAUGGACCAAAUAUUUUUUACAGAGGAAUCUUAUGUUUAAGCAGCCAGUAUUCAACAUAACUAUGUUUGCUUUAAUAUCCCAGGGGCGAUACAUUCUCAUCAGGGACUUAAUGGUACUUGUGCUUUUGAGGAAUUACCAGGAUGGCUUUCCCAGAUAUAGUCUUGUGAUUUCAAAGACACUUCCUGAUAUCUGGGAAGGCCACAUCAAAACCUUCAAGAGGAACACUUAGUUCUAAAACAUUUGCAGACACUUGUAGAUGUGCUUGCAUUGUGCGGCUUUUCUCUGAACCACUCUGUAUGUUCUGAACAUUGUAGAUCUAUGUUUCGUGUCUGUUGUGGUUUGGUUGUAGUGCGUGAGGUCAUCCUGGACUCCAUAGCUAUGGUAUUGUAUAUCUCUUUUGAAGCUGAUGGUCCAUUUCAUUGUCCUCCAGGGAAAGGAGUUGUAACAUUUUUGUAUGUUUUCUGGGGCAACUAUUCAGUAGUUCUGGUCACUUUCCUCUCACAGCAAAGAAGAAUGUUUUUAAAAUAAAGUAUAGAUUCUGACCUUCCUAUAACUUACAACUACUCAAGUUUAAUGUGUGUGUCACCUUAUUGUGUUCCAUUUGAAUAUUACAUUUUUGUUACUAUUGUGAAUAGUUUCUUAAUGACCCUACACUCGUAUGGCAUUACAUCUUGGUGGUGGUGGUACAGGCCGAACUUGUGUAAUUUUAUUCUAUACUGUUGAAAUCUUCUUUAUUAUAAUAUAUUGAAAGUAAUGCAUUACCUUUGAAAUGCUUUGAGAUUGUAUAAUAUAUCUUGGUAAAAUUUUACUAUUGUAUAUGUUCUCAAAUAAAUGUGUAUUUUUGUACUUGCGGAAAACGCUUCUGACUUGGGGGCUGGGUUAAGAUGCUGGUGGAGAUGUGUAUCCAUUCAGUGGCGUAUUCUGAAAUAAUAGUAAAUAUAGC